GCCGUUGAGUCUGCUGUGGCGGGGAGACGUGUGAAACAUGAGGGUGGGCGCGCUGGCUUUCCUGGCUCUGGCCGCCAGCCUCGUUGCCAAGGUGACCGGCGGUCGCAUCUCCGGACGCAGGAAGCACAAGGAGGUGUACCUCGGGGAAAACAGCAAGUUCAAGUUUGGAGGACGUAUUGACUACAAACUGAAGAGGCAGGACAGCACCAAAACGCUGCUAAUAAAAAGUGAACAGCUGCUGAGGAUCGAGGAGCACGACUUUGCCAUGAGACCCGGCUUUGGAGGUGCAGCCAUCCCUGUGGGCAUCGAUGUGCAGGUGGAGAGCAUCGACAGCAUCUCAGAGGUCAACAUGGACUUCACCAUGACUCUGUACCUGCGACACUACUGGAAGGACGAGCGUCUGUCCUUCCCGUCCCGUAACAACCAGAGCAGAACGUUCGACUCUCGACUGGUGAAGAAGAUGUGGGUCCCCGACGUCUUCUUCGUCCACUCCAAACGCUCCUUCAUCCAUGACACCACCAUGGAGAACAUCAUGCUGCGAGUUUACCCCGACGGGAACAUCCUCUACAGCGUCAGGGUCACUGUUACAGCUCUCUGCUCGAUGGAUUUCAGCAGUCCUCUGGACACACAGAACUGCUCGCUGGAGCUGGAGAGCUAUGCGUACAAUGAGAACGACCUGAUGCUUUACUGGAAGAACGGGAACGACUCUCUGAGGACGGAUGAAAUCGUCUUGUCUCAGUUCUUCAUUGAGCACUUCCAAGCCUCCAGCGGCCUGGCUUUCUACAGCAGCACCGGUUGGUACAAUCGGUUGUUCAUUAAUUUCAUCCUGCGGAGGCACAUCUUCUUCUUCAUGCUGCAGACGUACUUCCCCACCAUGCUCAUGGUCGUGCUGUCCUGGGUCUCCUUCUGGAUCGACAGGAGGGCGGUGCCCGCACGAGUCUCUCUGGGUAUAACCACGGUGCUCACCAUGUCCACCAUCAUCACAGGAGUGUCCUCCUCCAUGCCUCAGGUGUCCUAUGUGAAAGCGGUGGACAUCUACCUGUGGACCAGCUUCCUGUUUGUCUUCCUGUCCGUCAUCGAGUACGCGGCGGUGAACUACUGCACCACUCUGGAGGAGAUGAGGAAGAUGAAGAGGGGGAAGAUCCCAUCCACCUUCAACGCCAGCCAGGCGAUGGCCUUCGACGGCUGCUUCCACGACAACGACAUGGAGCUGACCCCGUUCCCCCGGAUGACACCCACCCUGACCUCUGACCCUCUCACCACUCCAACCCAAACCCCCGACAUCCGGCCCACAGGGGGAACUCGCCUCCGCCGGCAGCGAUCGGUGCGAGAACACGUGGACCUGCUGGUCAGCAACAGCUACAUGAUCGACUCGUACUCCCGUCUGGCCUUCCCUCUGUCCUACCUGCUCUUCAACACCAUCUACUGGUGCCUGUACUCCUGACGCCUGGACGCUCUCAGCUGAGUCCUGGUGUCGGGUCAGAGAGCCGGCGGCAGGAUUCCUCCUCGGGCCCUUCACUGGAUUAACCCUCGAUCACAGGGGCCCCUGCUCCUGCAUCCAGCUCCUGCUUCACUCAUCACAUUCAUUGCAAAAGAGAUUCACAUACAACCUCUCGAGUCCCUCAGUCGUUAGGAACCUGUUUUUUUAUUAAUCUGUACGUGUGGCUCUUUUUUCUGCAUCAUUUUACUAAGUAUAUUCCAAAGCUUUAUGUCCCAUAGUUAUUAGACUUGUGUUGAAUUUCUUAGCUCCAGGGAAAUACUAAAUUUGCAUCAAAUGUUUGUGAAAAUGUGCUUUUCUUGAAAAUAUAAUUUCCCCUCUGAUGAAUGAUGUGUUUGGAUGUACGUGUAAUUCAUAACUGAAUAAAUUUGUAUCUUGUU